GUUAGUGUUAGCAACACAGUGAUUUCUGUAUGUUGAUUUUGUAUCCUGCAAAUUUGUUGAAGUUGUUUAUUAGUUCAACAGUUUUUAGUGGAAUCUCUAGGGGUCUGUAUAUAAAAUUUCAUGUCAUGUGCAAACAGACAUAACUGUACUUUUUUUUUUUUCCAAUUUGAUCACAUUGUGGUUUUUUUUCCUAAGUUUUUGUGCCUGGACUUCUGUCCUGUGUUGAAAGUGGGAUGUUUAUCUUCUACCUGAUCUUAGAGGAACGGCUUUCAGUGUUUCAUCAUGGUGUGUGAUGUUAGCUCUGGGCGUUUCAUGUAAGGCUUUUAUUAUGUUCAGUAGUUUCCUUCUAUUUGCAAGGGUGCCAGUAUUCUGUAUAUAGUAACCACCACUCGACAGAAGCUUUUCACCAUGAGAGUCAAUCCACAGAUCUGUAGAGAAAUCCUGUAGAUUGAAAACUCUUUGACUCCUGAGGUAAUGAAGACAGGGCAAGCGGCUUUCAUUCCCUAGUAAAUAAAACAGUGCAAAUGCCUUCCCUACUUUACAUGAAGCUGCCCUGGACACGGAGAUAGAAGGGUUGUGAGUCUUCUCCCCCCAACAUACCUGGCAAUGUAUAUAAGGAAUGAGGCCUGAUUUUUAAAGUCACAAAAGUUCAAGAAAAUCACACCGAAGUCCAUGGGAAAAAAUUCCUCAUGAUAAUGAGGUUGCUGGCCACGUGGGCUAAGAGGUUCCAGGUGCUGAUACUACAGUGAUGUCCAGGCAGAGCAGACACAUGACCGAGGGUCAGAGGGGGAGGUACAGCCUUCUCCUUACAGAUCGUCACCUGAACAAAGACACUCAUCCUUCUGCAGACAGCAGGGCCAUCCUCUGGGGCACCUUUACAGAGCUCGCUGGGGCCCUUGAAGUGUCCAAGAUCUCAAAGGAAGGUGCGUAGCCCUGGGCCCCAGGCCCAUUCUCAUUUAGUGACAUGCUGUGUUUCCCCACAGAGCCAAUAUCCAAGCCCUCUCUCCAUGCCAGCAACACCACAGUCACAGAAGAUAAGGACUCUGUGGUCCUGACCUGUUCCACAAACAACGCUGGGGUCUCCAUCCACUGGUUCUUCAAUGGCCAGAGUCUAAAGCUCACAGAGAGGAUGAAGCUGUCCCAGGACAACAGGACCCUCACCAUAGACCCUGUCAGGAGGGAGGAUGCCGGGAAUUACCAGUGUGAGGUCUCCAGCUGGGUCAGUUCCAGCAAAAGUGACCCCAUCAGGCUGGAUGUGAGCUAUGAAAGAAGCACCACAGGCCUCCCUGUGGGGUCCCUCAUUGGCAUUGCAGUCGGGGUCCUGGUCGGACUGGCACUAUAGUUCUGCCCUGGGAUGUCUCCUGUUCCGCACAGUUUUUUCAGAGUUCCGCAGAAAUUUCAAGACAGAUCAUCUCAAAAACAUACAAAUUCAUCCAUAGAGUAGAGAGGGAAUGAAUAUCCCCCACCCAACUCAUUCUGAGGUUAAUAUAACCUUUAAGUUGAAAUAGGAAUAACAGAAAAAGUACAAAAA